AUGUUUAACAACACCGCAAGUGACUUCUUUGUUUCACCGUGUGACAACGACUAUUCACUCGAGAUGACACGAUUUAUCGUCCAAAAGAUUAUAGUGCCUUUUAUAACAUCUAUUGGAUUUGUUGGAAACCUCCUCUGUAUUAAUGUUCUGACUCACAAGUUCAUGGUGUCGUCUACGAAUUGCUAUCUUACCGCGUUAGCCAUUUUUGAUAUUUCAUACCUGAUUUUUAGUUUCACAUUGAGCUUGAAACAUUACACUGUUGUGAAGAGUUCGGAAGCCUAUACUUACUGGUAUCCAUACGCAAGAACAUUUACCGACAUAUGUAGCAACGUUUCCGUAUGCCUUACUGUAACAUUUUCCCUAGAACGCCUGAUUGCAGUCUGUUAUCCGAUGAAGGGUAGAGUAAUAUGUACGCCACAGAGGGCAAGAUUUAUUACCUUCGUAGUCGUGACUUUUGGUGUUAUCAGCACAUUGCCGGAAUUUUUCGAAAUGGAAACGGUAAGGAUCGAGAACAACAAAACUGUAGUCCUGAAGAACGCGGAGACAGAUUUCGCCAAAACCGAUGCCUACAAAAUCAUUUACUACCACUAUUUGGUGUUAACUUUCACAUUCUUGCCAUUCAUUUUAUUGUCGACCUUUAACGGCAUUUUAGUGAAAACAGUUUACUCUGCGAUGAAAAUCAGGAAGCGUAUGACAAACUAUUAUUCCUCUUAUAAACAAAACGCCCGUCGACAAACGGAACAAAAUAGAAUCACAAUUAUGCUAAUUGGCGUAGUCAUAGUGUUUCUUCUGUGCCAGUCGCCAAACGCUGCAUUGCUACUUUAUUUGACUUACCUUGACUCUCACGAUAUGCGUCUAACUGCAUGCGAAGCAAACAACGUGAAGAUCGCCGGAAACAUUGUAAAUCUGAUGAAGCCAACGAUAAUCACUGAAGCUGGAGUAAAAACCUUUAAGAUCAAGUCGCUGAGUAUUGCUGGUAAUACAACAUUCGCCUAA